UGUUGGGGUUAUGGUAAACAUUAAGUUAAAUCUUGUUGUUUCUUUUUAGGGAACCUUAUUAUCUACAAAUUAAUAACUAGACAAUUUUAAAUUUUAUUUAAUGUGUAGUGAACUAUUAUAAUGUUUUUAUUUAGUUCAAUGUUUUAUUAAAUACAUUCAAAACAUUUACAGCCAUGUAAGUUCAGUGAAAGCAAUGAACACUUGGUGAUGUAACCAAAACCAAGAAAAGAGAAAGUCAAGUGUCAUUAGUUUCUCUGGUUUUGUUUUGGGUUGACACCUCGUGUUUUUCUUAAAGUCCUAGUUAUAAUUCAAAAUUAAAAUAGUCUACCAGUGAUUAUGCUUAUGAUCGUCUGAGUUUUUAAAUAAUAUUUUAAAGUGAGUUACAAUCACUAUGUUUUCUUCCAGUGACUUGAAGUUAAGAUCUAGAACAGUUGUGAAAACUAACUUUAAAACGAUGGCAUCAGAUAAAUCAAAUGUAGAUCAAGAAUCAAAAUAUAUUGUGAAAGUAGUUUUUGUGUCUUUACUGUUAGAUUUACUGGCAUUUACCAUGAUUCUUCCUCUUUUACCAUCCUUAAUGGAACAUUACCGUAAAUAUGACAGCAAGGAUGGACUGUACCCUUUUCUGUUGGAAAAAGUUGAAAAUUUUAGAAGCUUAGUCGGAGCUCCUGAAAGAUUUAACUCUGUGCUUUUUGGAGGAUUGUUGGGCUCGUUGUUCUCAUUUCUGCAGUUUGUUGCAUCGCCCCUAGUUGGAGGCCUUUCCGAUGUUUAUGGCAGGAAACCUAUUCUCGUAUUAUGUCUGCUUGGGAUCUCUAUGUCAUACCUUCUAUGGGCAGUUUCUCACAGCUUUGCCAUGUUCGUGUUGGCAAGAGUUGUUGGAGGAAUCAGCAAAGGCAAUGUCAGCUUGUCAAUGGCCAUCAUCACUGACUCUUCCACAUCAAACAAAAGAGGGUUUGGUAUGGCUCUAGUUGGAAUCGCCUUUUCGGUGGGGUUCAUCGUGGGUCCUGUCAUAGGUGCCAUGUUCGCUCGCUGGGGCCAAACUCAGACAGAGAAUUCGGAUUGGUUUGUGAUGCCAGCUUUGUUUGCAUUUUCUCUUGCCUUGGCGGACAUCAUUUUUGUAGUAUUUUUCUUCAGAGAAACUCUUCCUUCAAAAAAGCGAGCCUCGUUAUCAGCAAGCAUCAGUCAGACCACAGCUUACAUCAGUGUGCCAGCUCUCUUUAACUUUACUGCCGUCACAGACCUUCCAGCCAAAGACAGUAAGGAGUUGAGGAUGUUGGGUCUGGUCUACUUUGUUUACCUGUUCCUCUACUCUGGACUGGAGUUCACCCUGACCUUCCUCACUCAUCUCACGUUCGGUUUCAACUCCAUGCAGCAAGGAUACAUGUUUUUCUGCAUUGGACUUGUCAUGGCAGUGCUGCAGGGAGGCUAUGUACGAAGGAUACCUCCUCACAAUACCAAGAAAAUGGCAUCAUUUGGGUUGCUGUUAAUAGUGCCAUCCUUUUUAUGUGUUGCGUUAGCUUCUACAACGAUAUUGUUGUAUACUGGUCUCUUCCUGUACGCUGUAUCAACUGCCUUUGUAGUGCCUUGUAUGACUACCAUGGCCUCUCAGUUUGGAUCCGUGGCUCAGAAGGGCACAGUGAUGGGCAUCUUCCGCUCCCUGGGUGCUCUGGCUCGGGCAAUAGGGCCUGUUGUCGCCUCUGUCUGUUACUGGUCACUGGGGUCCACUCUCACCUACUCGCUCGGUGGCAUCGCAUUGUUGUGGCCUUGGUACACUCUCAACUCAACCAGACGGUAACAUUCCACUGCAUUUAUUUUAUGGUACAAAACAGUAUUAUUUUUUACAAAUAUACAUCAAAUUUAUAAAAUUUGUUGGCUUC